AGUUGAGCGACUUCCUAAAAAAAACACAUUUCGCUUGCCCUCAGCCUGAGGUUGUUGCGCCGUUUGAAACUAUGUAACUUUUGAGUCGCCUCUGACCGGAGAGCCGCCGUCUUUCUCUCUUCCACUCCCGUGUCCCUUCCACUUUCACUUUCACAGUGCCGGAGCGGGCCCGCAGAAAAAACUCGCAGAUUUCUCCCGAUGGAAACGCACGGUUUGCUGACCGGGAGCGUGGACGGAGCCUCCGAGGAGUAUGGCUCCUUGUCGAGCAACGAGCGCGGAGGGGCCAGGCGGAAGAGCAGCGGACGGGGUCUGCUCGCCGUCGCCGGGCAGCCGUGCGGUGUCGAGAUGGACUCAGGUGUGGAGGGUGAAGUUGUGUCUCUCUCGGAUGCUGAGGAACUCUACAUCCAGCAAGCUGUUGUGUUGAUCGAGGACGCCGUACAGUACCGCUCCAUCAACCACCGGAUGGACGCUCGCUCCCUCUCCCUGUAUCGAUGGUACUACUCCAGGUUAUGCCAGUGGGGCUUGGGCCUAGCAAUCGCGGUGGAUUUGCUGCUGGCGUUUGUGGAGCGCCCGUCCUCCAUGUCCGUCUCCUCGGACCCCCGGAUUCGCCUUCCGCCCUGGGAGCCUCCCUGCGGCUUCACCCAAAGCAUCGAGAUUGUCUGCCUUGUCGUCUUCGCUCUUGACCUCGCCGUUAAGGGCUACUUGAUUGGCUGGGAGGAAUUCAGAAAGAGCAAAUGGCUGAUUGGCUAUACGGUGGUCAUUACGUUCUCUGUCAUGGACUGGGUGUUAUCUGUCAGCAUGGCGUGUGAUGAGAGAUUUAGAGUACGGCGACUUGUCCGGCCGUUCUUCCUCCUGCAGAACUCCUCCUUGAUGAAAAAGACACUGAAGUGCAUCAAGAGGACUCUGCCAGAGAUUGGCAGUGUCUUCCUGAUGCUAGCGCUCCACCUGUUCCUCUUCACUCUGAUCGGCAUGCUGCUGUUUGCUAAAACCGAUGAUCCAAAGAAGAACGGGCAGUGGAAGAAAUAUUUCAGGGACCUGCCCACUGCUCUCACCUCUCUGCUGGUGCUGCUCACCACAGCCAACAACCCCGAUGUGAUGAUCCCUGCCUACUCCCUGAAAAGAGCCAACGCCAUUUUCUUUAUGAUCUUCAGUAUGAUUGGAACCUACUGCCUGAUGAACUUAAUGACGGCCAUCAUCUAUAACCAGUUCAGGGGCUGUUUGCUGAUGUCGGUCCAAACGUCCAUCAUCCGGAGACGACUGGGGAUCCGAGCUGCUUUCCAAGUCCUGAGCUGCCAGGGAGCCCGGCAGGCUGCUGAGGAGUGUGUGGCUGUUGAUCUGGUGAUGAAGGUGAUGUCCAGGGUCCAGAUGAAGAGCUACUACAAAGAGGCCAUCACUAAGGAGGUGCAAAAGUAUGCAGAUGGUGGCUACAUGGACCGAGAGGAGUUCAGGAAGAUGUUUGAUGAUCUGAACGAAGACCGCAUUAAGGAGCACCCUCCUUUGCCUCAGUACAACUCUCCGGUCCUGCAGAGAAUCCAGGUGGUCUUCACUCACUACUUUCUCAUGAUACUUGGCAACAUUAUGGCACUGGCCAAUGUCAUCUGCAUAUGUACCUUCCUGGUGCUGAAUUCUGAGAAGUCCACGACAGAGAGAGACUACUACAUCAUCGAGAUCGUCAACCUGUGCUUCAUCCUUUACUACCUGUUUGAAAUGUGCGUGAAGAUCUUUGCCUUCGGAUGGAAAGGCUACCUGUCCUACAGGAGCAACAUAUUUGACUGCUUCCUGAACAUCUUGCUCUUGAUCCUACAGAUCACUAUAUUGUUCACCUACAGGCUUCCUUAUUCUCAUUGGGACCCUUCCUCUGAAGGUGUACUGUCUCUGUGGGACUUGCUUCGUCUGAUCAACAUGCUGAUUGUGUUCCGCUUCCUGCGCAUCAUCCCAGAUAUCAAGCUCCUGGCUUUGGUCGCAAGUACAAUGUUGGACCUGGUGAAAAACCUCAGAGCCUUUGCAGGGAUCCUGAUCGUGGCGUACUACGUGUUUGCAGUGCUUGGGAUCUGGCUGUUUGAGGGAGUCAUCAAACUUCCAGAGAUGAGUGUGAUCUCCAAUACCUCCAUGGAGAACAUGGCCUCAAACUUGACCAUGCAGUGUGGCACCUAUGAGGAGCUGGGAUACUGGCCAAACAACUUCGAUGACUUUGCUGCAGCCAUCAUUUUGCUGUACGAUAUCAUGGUAGUCAACAACUGGCAGGCCUUCCUAACAGUAUACAACAGAUACGGCACACCGUGGUCGAAGGUCUACUUUGUGACUUGGUGGCUCACCUCCUCUGUCAUGUGGGUCAACUUGUUUGUGGCAGUCAUUUUAGAGAACUUCACCUAUAAGUGGGACCGGAGUCACAGCUGCACUGUCACCGACGUGGAGAAGAUCAGAUUUGAAACCUCUGUUCAGUUCAUGUUCAGAGAGCAGAUCCAGGAGCCGACCGAAGAGGAAUUACUAUGUCAAUUAAACCAACACCCCCACUUACAUCUACACUGGUGACACACACACACACACACACACAAAACACACAGCACCAGCACCUACAUGCACACGCGUUUCAAGAGACUGCUUCUAAUUAAGUCUAUCUUGUGGUGAAAGCACUGAGAUGUCAAUGUUACAACAGUCUACUACAAGUGUAUAUGGAAUUAUUUACUUCUACUGAAACGAGUAGGUUCUAAUUAUGGGAUUCAUGGCACACUGCGAGCUGCAGUUUCAGUUGUACUGAGACGUCGUGCCGUUGGUUGAGGUUGAACGGGAGUGGGUGGAGCCAAAGAAGCACAAGUUGUGUCAAUUCCAUGCUGAAGUACUAUUCAGUAUCUAUUAACGUCUUCGCUAUAACCGCACAUGAAUAUAAUCAAACUGUACAGAAAUCUACGACCCACAUUUUCAAAUGUUAUGAGACUACGAGUUUCACGAGAGUGAAAACAAAAUGUAAUUGACUUCCAUAUGAAUUGAUGUGAAAGGGGGAGGUUUUUUUUUUAUCCAAAGAACUAACAUACACUGUACCAAUAUACACAAUAAUAUUAAUUCUGUGUUAAUCAGGCAGAAACCACCAAAAAAAUUAAACAGUGCCUUAAACCUGCAUUCUCUUUACUUACCACCAGGGGGCGACUCCUUGUUGUAUAGAAAGAAGUCUGUGAGAAAAUGACUACUUCUCU